AUGCUUUUCUCCGGCAAAAGGAUAAGCGUAGCUGCUUCCCUUUUCACGUUGUCUCUUGCCGAUCCGUGGCCAAAGCGUGGCCUGGCGGCCAACGAUGAUAUCCCCAUCGGUCAGUUCAGCGGAUCAUGGAAUGGCUACGGUUCGCAGGUCAAUUGGCAAUACAACUGGGAUAGCACAACCAGCCAGAAGCAAAGCUGGGCUGAGUUUGUACCCAUGCUGUGGGGCACGCAAAGCUACCAUACAAACCAGUGGUUCGACAAUGCUUGGUAUUGGCUUAAUAAUGGAGGUUCAGGGCACUUGCUAGCCUUCAACGAGCCAGAACAAUCCGGCCAGGCCAAUCUAAGCCCCGGGGAUGCUGCUGCAGCUUGGAGGCAGUACAUGGAGCCUUUUUAUGGUCAUGCUCAACUCGGUGCUCCUGCCGUCUCUAAUGACGGCUACAACUGGCUGAGUCAAUUUUUGCAGGCCUGCAGUGACUGCCACAUUGAUUUCAUCCCAAUUCACUGGUACAAUGAUUAUACACUUGAGGCGGAUCUGGAAAACUGGGUUAAUAGCAUAUGCGCGCUUGGCAAUGGCCGUCAAGUCUGGAUUACAGAGUUCCAAGCAUUCGGAACAAUUGACCAGCAGAGUCAGUUUUUGCGAUCGGCAAUUCCGUUCCUUGAUAACAAUGGUUGUGUCUACCGUUAUUCCUACUUUGGUACCGCGGAUAAUUCGAAAGUGCUGCUACAGAACGGUGGACCUUCUCUUUCUCCCUUGGGUGUUCAGUAUACCUUCAGCCCUUACGGCUCGGGCAAUGGGCCUAACUAA